AGAAAUUGAUCUACAUACUCUUAUAGUUUAUGUCGCUUAUGUAUCUUGUCUUCGUCUCACGCUCGCAUCAUCGACUCAUGUCUCUCGUCUCGUCUAUGACGUGUAAAACCAGGUAAACUCAGGUGAAGCCAGCAUUCGAGGCUUUAGCGCUUGCUCGCGCUGAACACCAAUGAGGGGUUUCCCAGGGUCUUCUGUUUCGGACAACACUGCAAUUACGUGACAAUUUUUCAAUUGACAACAAGCACAAUAGGUAGAAGUUCUUUGCCCUAUGAACAUUACCAUCACAGACGACGUGCAACGAGGCUAUCAGAUAAGAAUACACCAUUGAAUUGAGGUGACAUCGCAUUGUAAAAGUGAUAAAUCAAGAGUUCUGUAUACCAUGGACGAGAGCAAACGAAAUAUUGCACCAUGGCUAAGUAAUAUAUUAGCCCUAGAUAGGAAACUAACAGAAAAAUUCGUGCGAUCUGUUGAAAAGUUUAUGCCAAUGAGACAGUUACAAAUACAUUACAAAGUACUAGAGAUAUCUUGUCAUGGAGUAUUAUGGUUUGCAUCAAUACUUGCACUUAUUUGGAUACUCAACCAACCAAAUUUAUUUCAAGUGCAGGUCAAUUUAUUAAUAGGUCUGUUGUUAGAUGUUAUUAUUAUCGGCCUAUUAAAAGCACUUACUAGACGAAGACGUCCUGCCAUUAACAAUGAUCCUCUUGCAUUAGGACCAGACAAAUAUUCAUUUCCAUCUGGUCACGCCUCUCGGGCAGUGUUACUUUCCUAUUUCUUCUUUUAUCUAUGGCCUCUACCUACGAUAUUUCAUCCUCCGUUGUUAGCUUGGGUAGUUUCUAUAUCUCUCUCAAGGGUCUUAAUGAGAAGGCAUUAUAUUCUUGACAUUACUGCGGGUUCACUUAUAGGGUACGCUGAAGGAAUUCUUAUGAGCAUUUUGUAUUUAGAACCUGCGACAUGUACAAAUUUAAUUUCUUGGAUAACUGACGAAAAAAUGGAGGGAACUGAGGGAGCAGAGACGUAGUUUUAUAUUUUGACUUUUGUGAUACAUGCAAUUCUGAUAAUGUGAUUCUAAAUGUAAUGCAAUAUUUGCUGUAGUUUUAUUACUAUAGAUAUUGUCUUAUUCUUUAAAUGUGAGUACAUGGGGGAUUGUUUAUAUCAAUUACUAUACUGUAAAAUAAAAAGGAAUACUUUA